AUGAGGAGAUGGCUGAGCGCAACCCUACACGAGUGGCUUUCGUCAUUUUCUCUCUGGUUGCACACCUAAUUGCAAUGGCAUUCAACACACUGGCUUCAAUUGGCAAACCAUCAGGUGUUUUUCAGCAAAGCACAGAGGAUGUCACACAGAAGUAUGUGACAGCCAUCACACCUGCUAGAUGGUCUCUGUUUUUCUGGGAUUUCACCUAUGUCUGGUUGCUGUGUAUGCAUAUUUAUCUCCUGGCAGGACUCUACAGAAGAAGAGUUUACUCUUGGAUGUACGUGUCGCCUGCAGUGCUGCCAUAUGCCUUCCAUGUGGUCUUGAUAACAAACAUCAUCAUGAACAUUUCCUAUCUAUUCCUGUUUGACAGGGAGUUGUUAUUGGCAUCUCUGGUAAUGUCUGCGACGAUGGCCUUUACAAACUGCCUUCUAAUGUUCUUCUCCUGUUACGGGGUCAAGGUGUACGGAGCCUGGCUGAACAAGCACCACUCUCUUGAUCUCUGGCUUCUUCGUAUUUUGGUGCAAAAUGGGGUGGCCAUGUAUACAACAUUCACAAGUGUGGCUACACUUUUGACGCUGACAAUUGUUCUGCAAUUUGAUGCUAAGAUGUCUAGUUCCAACUCAGCAAUCAUCUCCUUGUCUUUCCUUCUCGCUGCGAUCCUGAUCUGGUUUGUGGUGGAGAACAUCUUGCUGGAGAAUCAUUUCCGCUUUGUCCUCUCUGUCUACCCUGUGGUGAUCCUGAUGCUAGCUGGUAUUGUAUCCCACGAGUCCUCACCUGGCCCUAAUGAUGUGGUUUCAGCGGCACUCCUGGGUGUGGCCUGCAUACUCUUCCUUAUAAGGAUCACCUUGGUGGUGUGGCGCCACUGCAAGCACCCUCUCUACCCACCCGAUAUGCCGGUGAUGUCACCAAUUGAACUGGUCAGGACGCAGAACCAAGUGUUUUUCUAGAUACAGGCAAUGGGACGCAGGUGAGGGAUAGUGGGGGUUAGUUCUAGGAACUAGAGGCUGGAUUUGAAAGAUUUGACUCCUGUCUUAACCCUUGUGUUACCCUCAAAUCUUACCGAGAUGCUUUAUCCUUGGGGUCAAUUUGACCCCAGCUAAAUAAAUCCUCAGAAAAGGAUUAUAAUACCUAUUGUUACACAGUUUUUUUGUGACAGGUACUUAACAAGAAUGUAAUAACCACCAUCAAAAGCCCUACAAAACAAUCCCAU